CAAGUGAAUCAAAUUGGUGUUAGUUCCAGUGGGUCAUCAAUUUUGUCUUGUGUGUCGCUGUGGACGAAGGGUCCAAGCUGCAAAAGUGACGUCAGUUUGCACAAAAGUGUGAUUGCGUGCCUCAUCCAACAAUUUGUCCUGCUGAGGAGCUGCUCGGGACUGUUUGCCAGCUCCCUACUUGGGGCAGAGACAGUGCCCCCACUCUCCUGCCAAAAUGGUGCUGUCACAGAGGCAACGAGAUGAACUAAAUCGAGCAAUAGCAGAUUAUUUGCGCUCUAAUGGUUAUGAAGAAGCAUAUUCUGUUUUUAAGAAGGAGACAGAGUUGGAUGUGAAUGAAGAGUUGGAUAAGAAGUAUGCAGGCCUUUUGGAAAAAAAAUGGACUUCAGUCAUCAGAUUACAGAAAAAGGUAAUGGAGUUGGAGUCCAAACUAAAUGAAGCUACGGCGGAGAUCACUUUAGGAGGCCCUGUGGGACAGAAACGAGACCCCAAAGAGUGGAUCCCACGCCCGCCUGAGAAGUACGCCCUCAGUGGCCACAGAAGCCCUGUCACACGCGUCAUCUUCCACCCUGUGUUCAGCCUCAUGGUCUCCGCCUCAGAGGAUGCCACUAUAAAGGUUUGGGACUACGAGGCUGGGGAUUUCGAGCGCACCCUGAAGGGUCACACUGACUCAGUGCAGGACAUCUCCUUUGAUCAGACUGGAAAGCUGCUGGCUUCUUGUUCUGCAGAUAUGACCAUCAAACUCUGGGACUUCCAGGGUUUUGAGUGCAUCAGGACCAUGCACGGACAUGAUCACAAUGUGUCGUCAGUUGCCAUCAUGCCCAACGGUGAUCACAUAGUGUCUGCUUCCAGGGAUAAGACCAUUAAAAUGUGGGAGGUGGCCACUGGUUACUGUGUGAAGACGUUCACGGGUCACAGGGAGUGGGUGCGUAUGGUCCGGCCCAAUCAAGAUGGCACACUGUUGGCCAGCUGCUCUAAUGACCAGACGGUGCGCGUGUGGGUGGUGGCCAACAAAGAGUGCAAGGCGGAGCUGCGGGAGCACGAGCACGUGGUGGAGUGUAUUUCCUGGGCCCCUGAGAGCGCACACCCCACCAUAUCUGAGGCUACAGGCUCUGAGAACAAGAAAAGUGGAAAGCCUGGGCCAUUCCUGUUAUCUGGAUCCAGAGACAAGACCAUUAAAAUGUGGGACAUAAGUACUGGCAUGUGCCUUAUGACACUGGUCGGUCAUGAUAACUGGGUACGUGGAGUGCUGUUCCAUCCUGGUGGGAGAUUCGUAGUGAGCUGCGCUGAUGACAAGACCCUUCGUAUCUGGGACUAUAAGAACAAGCGCUGCAUGAAGACCCUGAGUGCCCAUGAACACUUUGUUACCUCUCUGGAUUUCCACAAGACUUCUCCUUACGUGGUGACAGGAAGUGUAGAUCAAACGGUCAAAGUGUGGGAAUGUCGCUGAUCGCCAUAGGUUCCGCCCCUUCCCUUUCCCCACCAACGCCACCACUUUGGCCACUCCCACACCUGCUCUUCAGGAUGCACUCAUUACUAUGGUUACCACCUCAUCCAGCUCUCUUCUAAUAACUAUUGUCCUUUUAUGUAAAUUACUCUGGAUGUAGUUUGAGCUUAUUAAAUGUUACACAACACACUCACAAGGAAAAAACAGAAAUAAGUAAAAAGUAAAACAAGUAUUCUUGCAUGGUGAAUCCAAACCUUGUAUACUGUAAAUUUUUGCUUCUCCUCAUCUAAAGUACCGUAGGGAUGCAGAGCACAGGUGUUGCUCUCACCUCAAGCGUUUAUGAACAGAAGGCAGAAUGAUGCUGUUUGGGGAAUUCAGGAUACAGGGCCCUCAAAACCGUUCUGUUGGACGUUUAUGUUUUCUUUCCCGAUGAUUGUCACAUUCUGCUUUAAAGAAAAGAAAGACUUUUAAACAUUUAAACUGACUGAAGAUGAACAGCUUGACUUGUCUGUUCUGGGGGUCUGUAAUGUAAUUUAACCAUAUGAACGCCUGGAUGCUUAGUUCUCCCCUUUACAAGAAGAUUCUCAUUUGACAUGCGUCACUUUAAGAAGAGGUAACAACUUCGGUUCACAUUAUUGAACCAUUCUCAUCCACAGCUCAUCCACGAAGUCCUUUUCCGUUCUCAAAACAGGUUUGAGACCUUUUGAGGCCGUUUUGGCAAAUCUACAUGCGAUCCCCUUUGAAAAGAAGUGCAGAAAACACAAUACGAGAAAAGGAUUGCUUUUAUAAGGACAUGAAUCGGUAAAGUGCACUUGUCCCUGGAAAAAUAGGGUUUACAUUUUGUUUCUCUCUCUCUCUCGCUCUCUUUUUUUUUUUGUGUGUGUGUACAAAGGAUAUAAUUCUGACACCCUCCAUCGCCAACACAGUCUGAUUUAGUACCUCUGCUACUCCCAGAUUUCACUCGGACUGCCCACAUUCUGCUUCACUAUUCUCGAAAAUGACUUAAUUCGGUCAUAGGUUUCAUUAACCCCUUCUUGCGUAACACCCUUCGUCAUUGAUAUAGCGCUUUCAUUGCUUUGUCAUUCUGCUGCUUGCUUGCACCAUCUGCUGCCUGUCCGCGCGUUUGUGAAGACUUCACGAGACAUUGCCCAUACAGGCUUUUUGACGUACUCUGUGGUACUGCUCAGUGACCUUGAGCUAUCUAGUCAGUCUCUCUUGAUUCAGUGAGGUUUUUGGCAUUGCAGAGGAAGGCACUGUCCUGGACCUUGUGGAGUUUGAGGACGACACCUCCACCAUAGAUCGACGUGCAAUAUCUAUAGGCUGCUCUGUGUGUGUUAACUAUUAAGGUGUGCAUGUGUUUUCUAUGAACACAUUUAUAGGAAGAUGGCCUCCUGAUCAGAUUAAUGGGGCAGACAGACGGAGCGAGUUUGAAAAUUUCUCCACUGGCUGCAGUACAAGGCAACAGUUAGUAACUUAUAAGACUACAUCAGUGGUGAGUAGUUUGCUGUGCUUGCUGGUCCGCAGCGUACUGUUUCCAACAGUAGAGUCAUGUAUGCCCAACCACUGCCAUCCCAAAGCUGUGUAUGUAGAAUCUUUGGAUGUGUGUGUGUGUGUGGACGUCACUUCCUGUCUGUGAGCACACAGCGGACUCUGACUCCAGCUAUUCGCUUUCUCUGCCUUGUUACUGUACUGAGAAUCCCCAAUAUCGAGGACUUCAUUCUGCUUUUUGUGGUCUCACUGUUGACACACUCGUGCACUCACAUAAAUAAAUAACUGUCCAUCAGUAUAUCUUGAUGUCAUUGUUUGCAACAUAAUUAAAAUAAUAAAAUAUCUGUAAAUAUACAUCA